UGAUUCAACCAACUUUAAUUAUAUUUCUUAUAACCUCAUCAAACAAACACAAACAAUUAUUACUUAUAACUUAACAGUUUACAAAUUACACGCUUAUUAUAACUACAACAACUAUUAUUACAAUGGCUCAAUCUAGUUCAAUUUCAAAAAAUUCAAGACCUUCUCGUCCUCCUCCACCUCAAUUACCUCAAGGUUGGAUUGCUCAAUGGGAUGAAGAAUAUAAAUGUUACUAUUACGUCAAUACUGCAACUGGUGAAUCUCAAUGGGAAGUUCCUGCAGUUUCUCGUUCUGCUGCUCCUCCAAGUUAUGAACAACAUGGUUAUACUGCUCAACCACAACAAGUUCAACAACAUCAACAUGUUCAACAACAGUCAUCAUGUUGUCAAGGAUCUCAUAACAACCACCAUCAACAACAACAGCAACAACAACCAGUAUACCAAAAGAGUGGUGUCGGUAUGGGUACCGUCUUAGCUUCUGCAGCUGGUGGUGCUUUAGUUGGUUCCAUGAUGGGUAGAAGAAGAAUGAUGGCUCCAAUGAUGUUAGGAGGUGGUAUGAUGAUGGGUAGAAGAAUGGCUAGAAGAUACUAGACCACUUUACUAUAAUUAUUAUCAUUAUUAUCAUUAUUAGCAUUAUUAUCGUUAUCAAUAUAGUUAGCCCUAUAUUAAAUCAAGCAUAUCGCAUAAGGAAGGUACCAAAACGCUUUCUAUUCAUACAACUCAAUAACAAUUUAGUGAAAGCAAAAAAAAUGGUACUAUCCUUCUCUGGUUUAGAAGCUAUAGAUUUCACAUUCUUGCAUAGCUAUUUUUUCAAUAUCAUCAUUCAAUUCUUCUUUACAGUAUAUAUAUACACUUUAACUUUUUCAAUAUAUUAAAUGCAUUUGUCACAAAUAAAAAAAACGUUU